CCUCUGGAAGUUUUAUAAAGGAAAACCAAAACCAAACCAGAAAAAAGGAAAAAAAAAAAGGAAAUUAAUCUUCAGGGAUUCUCUGUAUGCUGUUGUUAUUUUGAAGGGAAGAAACUGCAGCUUUUAAUUUGGGGCUUUCGGGCAGGGACUCAUAGGAAUUGCAGAACCAUCAAUGUAUAUAGUCGGUCAAUUUUUAAAAUUAGGAAGUUCAUUUUUUUAAAGCUUGAACUGGACUUGGGAAAAAACUGUGUACAUCCCAUUGUAUGAUUUUAUUUAUUUAUUUUUUACUGUACAAAUGGAAACAUUUUUUUUCCAAGCACCGUUUUGGAUGUAUGCUUCGAUUUUUUAGCUGUAGCCUCUUGUUGUCGUUUUAAGUAUUGGAGACCAGAAAUUUUUUUACCCCCUUUGGGAACCUGCCCACAAAAAGGAUAGUUGGGAAAGUGAUUAAAAGGAUGCUUUUUAUUUUUGUUUUGCAGCUAGGACGAAUAUUUUGAAGGCAGGCUUCAUUUUUAUAUUUUUAUUUUUUAGCUUCUGGCUCCAGCGUUGAAGAGAUUUGUGGUUGGGUUUUUGGUUAAUAAGAAGGUCAUAGUUUUUCCCUCGAUCUCUCUUUUUCCUUUCGGUUUUUUAAGUGGGGGGAGGGGAACACGGGGUUAAGAAAGGAGACCAUGUUAACUGGUAGAGGCAUUAUGGAGCUUCAGUUACCAGGGUCCUGAGAGCUUGAAGGAAAAGGGAUUCGGCCCCCAAGUUGCUAUUCUCUUCCCUCCCCCCCUCCUUUUUUUUUUUUUUUAAUUUAUUUGAAUUGCAAGUGAUUCGAUUUCCAUCAAGACUAAAGCCACAGGAUUUGGAUCGGUGGAGACACCCGAAGAACCAUGAGUGUAAGGUUACCCCAGACGAUAGACAGGUUAAGUAACCUGUCUUCCCUGAGUGAUUCAGUCCCUGAGCAAAAGACCCCUGACCACCAUCGCCAAUCUUCUGACUCCUCUGAGACCACAGGUCUCGUCCAACGGUGUGUCAUCAUCCAGAAGGACCAGCAUGGCUUUGGCUUCACAGUCAGUGGUGAUCGCGUUGUCCUGGUGCAGUCUGUCCGGCCUGGAGGUGCAGCCAUGAAAGCUGGUGUAAAAGAGGGUGACCGGAUCAUCAAAGUAAAUGGCACGAUGGUGACCAACAGCUCACACUUGGAAGUAGUGAAGCUCAUCAAAUCUGGUGCUUAUGUAGCAUUGACUCUUUUGGGCUCUUCUUCUUCAUCUGCUGGGGUGUCUGGGCUCCAACAGGACCCAAAUUCACUAGGACCCUCCUGGGUAAUCCCAGUUGUUCCUCCACCUCCACCACCUCCCCCUCUGCCACCUCCACAGCGCAUCACAGGACCCAAGCCCCUGCAGGAUCCUGAAGUGCAGAAGCAUGCCACCCAGAUCCUACGAAAUAUGCUGAGGCAGGAGGAGAAGUUGUUACAGCAUUUCCAAGAGGUGUAUAGCCGUAACCCUGCCAGCCUGCUGGAGGAACAGAUUGAGGGAGCCCGGAGGCGAGUCACCCAGCUCCAGCGCAAAAUCCAGCAGGAGACUGGUGGCUCAGGGGAUGUAGUGCAACUGUAUGACACCAACCCAGCUAAUACGAAAUCAUCAGAGGGCCGUCAUUCUUUGGAUUCCCAAGAUGGAGACAGUGGCUUAGAUUCUGGGACAGAACGCUUCCCUUCCCUCAGUGAGUCACUGCUGAAAAGGAACUCGAUGUUAUCAGAUCCCGGGCUAGACAGCCCGCGUACGUCACCUGUGAUCAUGGCUAAGGUGACCCAGCACCAUCGGCGACAGGGCUCAGAUACAGCCGUUCUACCCACCGCUGAACAGGGUUUGGAUCAUAGUUCAAAGCCUUUGAUUAUUGGCCCAGAGGAAGAUUAUGAUCCAGGUUAUUUCAACAACGAGUGUGACAUCCUAUUCCAGGACCUAGAGAAACUCAAAUAUCGACCUGCUCAUCUUGGGGUUUUCCUGCGCUAUAUCUUCUCUCAGGCAGAUCCAAACCCUUUGCUUUUCUACUUAUGUGCAGAAGUUUACCUGCAGACGUACCCUAAGGAUUCACGGGGAUUAGGAAAAGCUAUCUGGGCUAUUUUUCUGGAAAAGAACUCGCCCUUAAGAGUGAAGAUCCCUGAAGCAUUACAGGCUGAGAUUGAUUUGCGCCUGCGCAACAAUGAGGAUAUACGUAGUGCAUUGUCUGAGGCCCAAGAAGCAGCUAUGCCCGAGAUCCAGGAACAGAUCCAGGACUACAGGACAAAGCGAACCAUGGGUCUGGGCAGUCUCUAUGGUGAAAAUGACCUUCUGGACUUGGAUGGGGACCCCCAGCGGGAGCGACAAAUUGCUGAGAGACAGUUGGCUGCUCUUGGAGACAUCCUGUCCAAGUACGAGGAAGAUCGGAGUGUUUCAAUGGACUUUGCUCUCAACACCUAUAUGAGCCAUGCUGGGAUCCGACUUCGAGAAGCACGGCCCUCCACAGCAGAGAAGUCCCAGGCCAUCCCUGACAAGGACAAGUGGCUGCCCUUUUUCCCUAAGACUAAGAAGAGCAGCAAUGCCAAGAAGGAAAAGGAUGCUUUGGAGGACAAGAAGCGGAACCCCAUCCUCAAAUAUAUUGGAAAGCCGAAAAGUUCCUCUCAGAGCAUCAAACCUGGCAAUGUGAGAAACAUCAUCCAGCACUUUGAGAACAACCAACAGUAUGACACCCCGGAGCCUGGAAUGCAGCGACUCUCAACAGGAAGCUUCCCUGAGGAUCUGCUGGAGAGUGAAAGGUAUUCACGUUCAGAAAUACGUCUGGGCCGCUCAGAGAGCCUGAAAGGAAGAGAGGAGAUGAAAAAGUCCCGGAAAGCAGAGAAUGUGCCCCGUUCUCGAAGUGACGUGGAUAUGGAUGCUGCUGCGGAGGCUACUAGGCUCCACCAGUCAGCCUCAUCCUCAGCCUCCAGCCUUUCUACCAGGUCCCUGGAGAACCCAACCCCACCUUUCACCCCCAAAAUGGGCCGUAGGAGCAUUGAAUCUCCUAGCCUUGGGUACUGUACAGAUGCCCUUCUCCCUCACCUCCUGGAGGAUGACCUGGGUCAAUUAUCUGACCUGGAACCUGAGCCUGAUGCCCAGAACUGGCAGCACACAGUGGGAAAAGAUGUGGUAGCUGGGCUGUCACAAAGGGAGAUUGACCGACAGGAAGUUAUCAAUGAGCUGUUUGUGACAGAGGCGUCCCAUCUUCGGACUCUACGAGUCCUGGACUUGAUUUUCUACCAGCGCAUGAAGAAGGAGAACUUGAUGCCUCGGGAGGAGCUGGCCCGCCUCUUCCCUAACCUGCCUGAACUUAUUGAAAUUCAUAAUUCUUGGUGUGAGGCCAUGAAGAAGCUCCGGGAGGAGGGCCCUGUCAUCAAAGAGAUCAGUGACUUCAUGCUGGCCAGGUUUGAUGGUGCAGCCAGAGAGGAGCUCCAGCAGGUAGCAGCACAGUUCUGUUCCUAUCAGUCAGUUGCACUGGAACUGAUCAAGACCAAACAACGUAAGGAGAGCCGCUUCCAACUCUUCAUGCAGGAGGCUGAGAGCAAUCCCCAGUGCCGGCGCCUGCAGCUCAAGGAUCUGAUCAUCUCAGAGAUGCAGCGUCUCACCAAGUAUCCACUGCUGCUGGAGAAUAUCAUCAAGUACACAGAUGGCAGUACUUGUGAGUAUCAGAAGCUGUGUCGGGCCCGAGAUCAGUGCCGAGAGAUUCUUAAGUAUGUGAAUGAGGCAGUGAAACAGACAGAGAACCGACACCGGCUAGAGAGCUACCAGAAGCGCUUGGAUACCACCUCCCUGGAAAGGGCCAGCAAUCCUCUGGCAGCAGAAUUCAAGAGCCUGGACCUCACAACAAGGAGAAUGAUUCAUGAAGGACCUCUAACAUGGAGGAUAAGCAAAGACAAGACUGUGGAUCUUCAUGUGCUGCUUCUGGAGGACCUGCUGGUACUGCUACAGAAGCAGGAUGAGAAGCUGCUCCUCAAAUGUCACAGCAAGACCUCCCUGGGCUCCUCUGACAACAAGCAGACAUUCAGCCCUGUGCUGAAGCUCAAUGCUGUGCUCAUCCGCUCGGUGGCCACAGACAAAAGGGCCUUCUUCAUUAUCUGCACCUCUGAGCUGGGCCCCCCCCAGAUCUAUGAGCUGGUUGCAUUGACGUCAUUGGAUAAAAACAUGUGGAUGGAGCUUCUGGAGAGUGCUGUACAGAAUGCCACUAGGAACCCUGGCAUUGUACCAAGUCCUGCCCACCUUUCUCAGCCAGCCCCCCAGCAGCCAUCUCAACACAGCUCCACACCCACAAGCAUGGGGCUAACUGACUCAGAAGCAUCCCAAGGAAAUGGCUGUCAGCCAGAAGUUGAACUACUGCCUAGAGGUGAUAGGUCCCAGCAGUGGGUUAAUGGGAAACAUCAAGCAUUGUUGGAAGAACCAGAGCAAGAAGGCAGUGAGGAAGAGUUGGUUGCCCCAACAUCCACCUCAUCCAAGGGUGGAGGGGGCUUGGGCAUCAGAACAAGAGGUGCUGUCCGCCUGCCCCUACCUGGCCCAUUAUUCAUGGAGGGAUUGGCUGACUCUGCCCUGGAAGAUGUGGAGAAUCUUCGGCACCUGAUCCUGUGGAGCCUUUUGCCUGGUCAUACGAUAGAGUCCAGAGCUUCUGUGGAGCCAGAGGACGACCUCACACCUACACCUUCUGUCAUAGGAAUCACCUCCCACCCCUGGGACCCAGGUUCCCCUGGGCAGCUGCCAGUUGGGAUAGAAGGAAAUGACCUUGUGCCCUCUGAACAGAUGACUAGCAGGCUGGAGCUGGAGACAGGGGAGUUAGAUGAUGCAGCCCUGAGCUCCCUAGAGCACCUGCCCCCAAGAGCUAGAAACUCUGGAAUCUGGGAGCAUCCAGAACUGGACAGAGACUUGACUGAAGAGCCUCUUACCACAGAAGCUGUUGGAGGUUACAAAGUAGUAAGGAAAGCUGAGGUGGCAGGCAGCAAUGCUGUCCCUACAUUGCCAGAGUGUGGCAAAUCAGAAACUGAGCCAGCAGAAGCUGGAGGCGGACCUAAUGCCGCGGGAAACUGUUUUUAUGUCAGCAUGCCAACCGGACCCCCAGAAUCAAACACGGACACAUCAGACGUAGCCAGGAGCUUCUCUCAGCACAAUGCCCCCCAUACCUCCCCAACAGAGCCUGAGCACCAGGGAGGCAGUGGAGAUGAGAGAAGAGCUCAGCGUACAGCCUCCACUCUAGCCCUCAGGGAUGUGGGCAUGAUCUUCCGGACCAUUGAGCAGCUCACACUAAAACUCAACAGGCUUAAGGACAUGGAGACAGCCCACCGGGAGCUGCUGAAGUCCUUGGGGGCAGAGUCAUCUGGUGGUACAACACCUGUAGGUGGCCUCAACGCAGAGGCAGUUAGGUGGAUUGAGAGCUCCCCUUCACCCCCAGCCAAGGAGCCCUUCUCUUCAUACUCCAAGGACAGUCAUGAGCAAGGACUAGGCCCUGAGGCUGGCUCUGACAGCCUAGAAGACAGUCCAGCCGACACAGCCAUUUCACUGGGACUUUAAUCACAGAAACCCCCAAGACUUCCUGGCUCCCCGCCUCCUCAGGGACUGCCCCAGGGCAGGGGACACAGGAGGGAAGACCCCAAACCUCCUUCCUUUGGGGAGGACUGGAAUCUAAGCCAGGUCUGAGGGGGAGCCAGAUGUCUGGCUCCACGCAUGUUGCUUCUUCCAUUCAAAUCUCAGUCAAGUUUGCUGUCCUUUUCCCCUCACUAGAGCCUCAAGUCUCCUCUGUGCAUGCUGAUUGCAUCUGAGAGGCCCCCUUUCCUUCCUUGAACACGUGUAUGUACACAUAUGUGUAUAUGUGUAUACUCCUUGCAGACUUGACUAUCACAUCUGUACGUUUGAGCAAGAGAUGGAGUCGUCUGUAUAAAUGCACUUUCUCCACCCCUAUCCCUUUCCUCAUAGGAUCCCAAGGCAGGGAGUUUAAGCACCUCCACUCCCUCCCCUUUGCCAUUUUGGUUUUCUAUAAAUAUGUAUGUAUUGUA